AUGGUCGAUCCUUCCUCUUCUUCUUCUCAUUCAUCACAUUAUUCUUCCUCCUUUCUUCCAAAUCUGAUCACUCAAUCUACAACACAUCAACCAUCAUCAUUGUUAUCAGCUACUACUCAACUUUCAUCCAAUUCAUCCAAUUCUACCAAAACUCAACCUCGCUCUACUACUCCUUCUCGAUAUCUCAAUUCGGGAUCUCCUCUACCACCUACUUCAGCUUAUGCACUUGUUUCAUCCACUCGAUCACUUGAAACACCUACCAGUGAUAUCAGAGCGACUAGUCCUACUGCUCAGCUUGGAUCAUCGUCAUCUAAUCAAGAUCAAGAAGAUCAUCAAUUUCAUCUUAAUUCAAACUGGUCACAUCCUAGAAAUUCUCAUCUUUCUUCUACAUCCAAUUUUGACUUUUGUCAUCCAUCAGCUCCUCCACCUCAAGCUUCGAUCGAUCAUCAUGAUGAAGCUUCUCGUCCGUUCAUGCCAUCUGGAAGUGUCAAACCUAGCUCUAGUAUCUAUGUCAAUCCACCUACCCCAAAUCAACUCAAUUCUCAGCUUGAUUGUUUUUGGGCAAUCUUGGAUCGUGAGCUGAAGUUUAUAUAUGUGGACCCCAAAUUGCAACGUGAGCUCGAAGGCCAUAGCGAUCAAAUCUUGUCAACUUCUAUCUAUAACUACAUCCAUCCUGCCGAUCUCGAUGGAGUCAUGCCAGAACUCGACUAUGAGCGUUUAGGAUAUGAAUCAAGUCAAUUGAGACCACAGAAUCCUAGAAUGAUGCAAUCUAGUCCAACUCUGCCUUCUUGUGAUCCUAAGCCACUCAAUCAACAUCGAGUUAUUGAAAGCCACACUGUCAAAACUUAA